UUUGAACUAAAAAAGUUAUAUUUCAGAAUAUUUGUUUCGCAAAAGUUUUCGUCUUUUACGGCCAUAUUUAGAAAACAGGGUUGUUAAGACGCUAUUAAACGAAAGUUAUCGGAAAGAAACGAAGAAAACCGUAAAAGUGCAUUCAUUAAUAUUAAAAGCCGAGUAAUUACUAAUCCCAGAUUUUAAAAGAAAGCAUGAAAAUGAUUAAAGAAACCGUAAAAGAAGUCCGCACUGAUGCAAUAGAUUCUAAUGCCGAUCGCACCAUACCUUGUGAACUUACAGAUUCUGUUGGAAAGCAUGUUUUGGUCACCCCAAAAACAGGUGUUCGUCCUCUAAGUGAUACGUCGCAAUUUUCACGGAAUUCAAGUGUUGACAGCUUUUAUGAUUGUUUUGAAAUAGGUGAAGUUAGAGUUUCGAAUGAAGUUUCAAACAAUCAUAUAGCAUACAGAGAAUAUAAAGAGGCUGGAGAGUUUUGGAGAAAAACUCCGAAAACUGAUUACACUUAUUCUCCAUUGUCACCACAUCGCAGAGCUUUAGGCAAUGGAUAUAUUGGUAUGCCGAAUUUAUCACGUCGUGGCUUACGUGAGGAUAAUGUGGUUAUAAUAAACCAACCUAAAAAUUAUGUUAAACCUGGCCGUUGGUUCAAUCCUGGUUUCUUAAAAUUCUUCUUCGGCCUUUUGUUUAUGGCUUUCAUUGGUUUUUUUGCUGUAAUGUUAGUAUAUUUCGAUACAUCUGGAUUAAAAGGAUAUAUACUAAAAAUAUUUGAAGAUUUUAUCAAAGGGGAGAACCCACAAAUAUACUAAUAAAUGUUU